CUUGCGGGUGCUGCAUCUUCACAACAACCUUCUGUCGUCGCUUCCAAGCGAGAUGUCAACGAUGCGUCAACUCUACAUCCUCAUUCUCGCAUUCAAUCGCUUUACCUGCAUACCUGAGGUGCUUGUCAGCAUGCCACAGGUGGAGAAUGUCGUCAUGGCAGGUAACUACAUCGACAGAUUACCGGGUGACACCGUGUCCGGACUCAAACACAUUAAACAGAUGGACCUACGGUUGAACAGUCUGACGUUGCCUCCUGUCGUCACGAUGACCUUUGAACUGUUGGAGCAUCUCACGCACCUUGACGUGUGUCACAACAACGCGACGAAUCUGGACCUGCGCGCGCUGCCGUCGCUCGAGUACCUGCGCUGCUGUCACAACCAGCUCGUGCUGCUGCAGGCGAGCGGUACCAGUCUAAAACAGCUGCACGCGCGCCACAACAGUUUGCAAAGUAUUUACGUCACUCCUCUGCCAGAGAAUCUUAGGAUACUAGAUGUCGCGCACAAUGAGUUAGGGAAGCUGCCUGACUGGGUGUGCGACCUGUGGAGACUGGAGAAACUCAACGCCAGUCACAAUAGACUCACUCUCCUGCCAAACAGGUUGCUAAGCAACAUGGAGUCACUCAGACAUCUUUAUGUGGAUCACAACCAGCUAUCGGCUCUGCCAGACUGGGUGGAAAACUGUGCCGUAGAAACGUUACACGUGGAAUAUAACCGUCUAGAAGAACUCCCCGAUAACCUUCUCAUCAACUGCCCCAAGCUGUGUAUAACGCAGGUGCGGCUGCAGCAGUACGGCAGCGACGAGGGACUGUUCGCUAUGUGCGACGGCGGCAGGAACAACGAAGCGCCGCUGCUGCUGCAGGAGAAGCUACCCGCCAUCAUGCGUGACGAGAUGAAUCAUCCGCUGACGAGCGAACGCUACCUGAAAUACACGCUGCUCACCGCGCACAGGAAGCUGAAGGCGAGCGGACAGCGUCUGGGCGCGUCCGCCGCUCUCUGCCACAUCCGCGCCGCCGCGGCGGACGACGUCGACAGCUACGGCGACUACUCGCUAGGUGUCGCCAACGUCGGCUCGUGCGAGGUCGUGCUGUGCCGCCAGGGGGAGGCACUGCGGCUCUCGCGGCUGUUCACGGUCGCCGGCGACGAGCCGGAG